AUGACGCCUGUUGCCAGUGCCUGGUGGGUGCACCUCGAGGUUGGGCGCGUAAAUCUGACCAUCACCGGGGUGGUUGCAAGCCCUAGUUCGUCCAAGGACUGGGAUGCUGGGGACGAUGAACGGGUGCUGAAGCGUAGUGAUUGGCCGUUGCCACCUGCAAUUGACGACAGACAGCGAGCCGUGAUCACACUUGAGGUCGUGCAGCCGGAGCGAUUGCCGGAGUGCUUCAGCGGAAACCUGAGAGAGACGUGGGUUGAGUUGGUGCUUGAGCGGGCGAGGGAUAAUGAUGGCAACUCGUCGAACUACAUUGCCCAAAAGGAAGAGCAAAUAUUAGCCCCCAAAUGCGCUCCUGCAUAG